GGGAGAGGGGGAGACAGGGAGAAACAGAGAAAGAGAGAGAGAGAGAAAGAGAAACAGACUCAGACAGAGAGCUCUAAACCUGUGAUCGCAGUAUAUGAUGCGUAACUGGAAUGGGUGCUUUUCCGACACUUUGGAAGGAAGACAAUUCUCCAGAUUCCUGCGAGGCGAUAUUUAAAUAUUUACGACUCGUUGCGACGGAAGGGGCCGUCGGGCGCGCGCCGCUAUUUAAAAGAAAUAAAAUAAAAGCGCAGACGCGUCAGAGGGGCUGAAAGAGGCCGUCUGUGCGUCGGAGGAGAGGAAGACCGCGGCUUCAGUGAGGAAGACGAAGAGGAGGAGGAGGACAUCCCGCCGCGCGGUUCGGCCGAGUUUCAGCGGAGACCCCCGCCGCUCCGUACGGUCGCCCCAGGGAACGCUCACCCGAGGGGAACAGCGCCGCUCGCAGCCGCGCACACGCUCACGCCACGCCGCGGAGCGACAGCGGAGUUCCAGCACGGGGAUCAGGAAGGACUUCUGGCCCCGAACAGAGACUGCAGGAGUCAGGACUACAACUCUUACCCGCUGAACAGCACCCCCUUUGGGUUCCUCCGGGAAGUACAGCCAACUGGCGGAUUACUGUUGCGUUUGAAGAGGGAAUAGUGUGUUGAAAACUGCAGCCAGAGGCAGAGGUGGUUUAGGAGAAGGGGCGUUUUUUCUGAGGGGCGAGGGAGAGGAAGUCAAAAGGGGAAUGCCCCUCCGGUGAGUCGGACCUUCAACAACCCCGCCCACUUUGGCUCCGCCCUCUCUGGCCCCGCCCGUGGGACCCCUGUGUGACCAUGCUGGCCUCGCCCACGGAGGCACUCACAGCACAGCCCCCCAGCACACGCAGGCCAGCGUCCCCUUCGCACCCCCGCCAGAGAUGUCCCCGUUGCCAGGCAACGGCUCUUCUCCGGACAACCCCAUCGCCGGCGGCGACGGCGGCGGCGGGGGCGAGCUGCGCUGGGCGUCGCUGCUCAUGGUCGCGGUGAUCGUCCCCACCAUCGGGGGCAACAUCCUGGUCAUCCUGGCCGUGGCGCUGGAGAGGAAGCUGCAGAACGCCACGAACUACUUCCUGAUGUCGCUGGCCGUGGCCGACCUCCUGGUGGGGCUGCUCGUCAUGCCCAUCGCCCUGGUAACCGUGCUCUUCAACUCUGGUUGGCCGUUGCCCGGAUACCUCUGUCCAAUCUGGCUCUUCCUGGACGUGCUGUUCUCCACGGCCUCCAUCAUGCACCUGUGUGCCAUCUCGCUGGACCGCUACAUCGCCAUCAAGAGGCCCAUCCAGCACAGCCAGUACAAGUCCCGGUCGAAAGCGCUGGCCAAGAUCACCGUGGUCUGGCUCAUAUCCAUCGGCAUCGCCACGCCCAUCCCCAUCAAAGGCCUGCGAAACUUCCACUUCCCCAACAACGUCACCUUCGUCAACGACGCCUGCGUGCUGAAGCCGGAGAGCUUCCGGGAUUUCAUCAAGUUCGGCUCGCUGGUGGCCUUCUUCAUCCCGCUCACCAUCAUGAUGGUCAUCUACCUGCUGACCAUCCGCGCGCUGCGCCGCAAGGCCUGCCUGCUCCGCUCCCGCGCCUUCCGCCGGACCGCCCGGCCCGCCGCCCCCCCUGCGCCCGGCCCGCACCCGCACCCGGCCCCGCCCUCGCUGGAGGACGUCCCCCUGCGCAGGAUGUCCACCAUGGGCAAGCGGUCCAUGCAGAACCUCAGCAAUGAGCAGCGGGCCUCCAAGGUGCUGGGCAUAGUCUUCCUCCUGUUCGUGGUGAUGUGGUGCCCGUUCUUCAUCACCAACGUGACGUCGGCGCUGUGCGACACGGCCUGCGACGGGGCCGCCGUCGCCCGGCUGAUGGAGAUCUUCGUCUGGGUGGGCUACGUGUCCUCGGGCAUCAACCCGCUGGUCUACACGCUGUUCAACAGGACCUUCCGCGAGGCCUUCGCCCGCUACAUCACCUGCAGCUACGGCGGGGUCGCGGCGGCGCCGCCCGCGGAGCUGCAGCGCAAGAACACCGCCACCGCCAUCGCCGUGCCGGCGUCCUUCCGCUCCUCCGUCGCCGAGAACUCCAAGCUCUUCAUGAAGAGGGGCGUGAGCAACGGCAUCGGCCCGGCGGGGUGCCAGAGCCCCCUCCGCCGGCGCCCAAACCCCACGAACGUCCCCCCCGCCCCCCCGUCCGCCUGCGUCCUGCUGGACGCCUCGCUCCUCACCGAGAACCAAAACUGCACACGGGAGGAGCGUGUGAGCUACGUGUAGCUUUAAACACGCCCUGCACACACCAGGAGCGAGUCAGCUACGUGUAGCUUUAAACACGCCCUGCACACACCAGGAGCGAGUCAGCUACGUGUAGCUCUAAACACGCCCUGCACACACCAGGAGCGAGUCAGCUACGUGUAGCUUUAAACACGCCCUGCACACACCAGGAGCGUGUCAGCUACGUGUAGCUCUAAACACGCCCUGCACACACCAGGAGCGAGUCAGCUACGUGUAGCUCUAAACCCGCCCUGCACACUCCAGGAGCGUGUCAGCUACGUGUAGCUUUAAACACGCCCUGCACACACCAGGAGCUUGUCAGCUACGUGUAGCUUUAAACAUGCCCUGCACACACCAGGAGCAUGUCAGCUACGUGUAGCUCUAAACACGCCCUGCACACACCAGGAGCGAGUCAGCUACGUGUAGCUUUAAACACGCCCUGCACACACCAGAAGCGUGUCAGCUACGUGUAGCUCUAAACACACCCUGCACACACAAGGAGCACUUGAGCUACCUGUAGCUUUAAAACUCCCUCAGUACACUACCGUCAGCUUCCAGGUGAGGGUGCUAAAGGGAAAAACUGACCUUUUCCAGAACUGCACAUGCAGACGAAUCACAGCACAAACUCAAACUUUCACCUGCACACAAGACAAGGCGACAGUAAUUUAACCAAAUGAGGGAGCUCCAGUGCUGAAGAAAGAAAUUCAGAUUUUUCUUUAAAAAAGGGAACUGAAAUAAAUGGAUACAUCAAACAAACAAAAAAAAGUAUUAUGAAAGAAAGCCAAGAAAAGACUAGGCCCGCGGAGUACAGAAUGGGGGCGUGGGUCUCUCAUUCAGACGGGAUCCCAGACGAGAGGGUGUGGAAUAAGAGCGCGUUUGUGCGUUCAGACAACUCACGCCUGGCUACGCGGCGGCAUCGCCCCGGCCCACCUGAAUCUGCGGCGGGACGACAGCCGGGAAAGGGUAUCAAACAGCACCCACCAAUCACAGAUCACAGAUGUACCGCCCGCUCCACGUCUUCACACGCUCCCAUACAACGAGCUCUCCUGACCGCCAUACUCUCCGUACACCAAACUUCCCGGUGAAAUCGGGCAGAAUCAUUUAGUCUCGUCAACUCCCCAGCAGUCUUGGGGUGCCAUACACAGGCCCCCCCCCCCCAAAAUAUCUGAACUUAAACAACUCUGCAGCUUAACAGAGACAACACAUCUGCCAAUGGGAAGCUUUGGGGACUUUUUUUUUUUUUUUUUUUUUACAAAUGGAAGUAUAUACAGACAAAUAUAUCCUGUGCAAGAAUGGCUUUGGUUUAAAGAAUAAACACAAAGCGCUGCUUGGUUUA